GAAAUCAAACAUUUUCAAAACCCUUUGAUCAGAUUCAACUCACUCAAAGUGGGAAAUUCUCGUGUGAUAACCAUAAUUUUCUAGAUAAACUCCUUUAAAAAUGUCGUCCUACAUUUCGCGUCUACUUAAGGCUCAGUCCGCCUCCAAACGUCUGAUCUCCAAUUUAACCCAGCGCGACGGAAAGCUAAGCUCUUUGCUUCGACGACUAGGUUUACAGUGGCAAGGAUCAGCCGCUGCUCCUCAACAGCGUCCCAUAUCCACAACUCAGGUGCAAAAGUCAGCGCUAAUUGCGGACGAUCAACUGGUCACCGGGAUUCAGAAGCGCGAAAUGCUGCUGGCCAAGCAGGGCUGCGAGGACCCUUGGGGUUUCAGCAAGGUGAUCAGGCGCGGAUCGGGAAGGGAGAACGACCCCACCGUCGUGCCAUCGGCGUUCGAUGCACGCCUCGUAGGCUGUCUGUGCCUGGAUGACCGCUUGCCCAAGUGGAUGUGGAUUGAGAAGGACGAGGGACCGAAGCGGUGCGAGUGCGGCCACUACUUCAUCCUCAAGAAUGUCCCACCCGUUUAGAUCGAUCACACAGAGCGCUGUACUUAACACGAACACACUUGGCAUGAUCCUCAGCUGGCAUUAAACAUUGCAUGAUAUUAUC